AUGUCUGACUUUGCAACAAAGCUGACCACAGUGGUCCACGACGACGACCAGAUGGAGGUCGAGUCGGCCGAGCUUCCUCCUCAUCUUGUGCAACUCGGACACACCGAGCCAGAGCCUGCUUCGGAGCCACUGAACACAUCCAACGAGCCUGACGAACAUGACCCUAGCGAACCAAGACCGGGGUGUUUGCUGCUAUUGGGCGUUGACGAGCUUGACACCAGAGCCAUCAAGCUUUACAUCGAUUCCUUUUUGAAGCCCGACCUCAAAUUCGAAAACAGAGAGGAAUAUGCCAAGUUCAACUACACUUUGGAAUGGGUGAACGACAAGAGCAUCAAUAUCGUGUUUGAACAGCCCGAGUCCGCUUUGGAGGCCCUGAAACUGCUUUCUGAGGUGUCAGAGGGCCUGAAUCCCGAACAGGAGAGAACGGCAAUGGAAUAUAUUAGCGACGACCCCAAUUUCAACGACCAGAACGUCAGAUUGUCUAUCAGACAGAGUUAUUACGGAGACCGGAAGGUGAAAGGAGCAAGAAACCAAUCUCGAUACUACUUGAUUCACGGAGAGCCCGAACCUGGCCAGAGACAAAGAAGUUACCGUAAUCGUCGGGGAGGACCACGCAAUGGAGGCAGAUCUCGCGGACCGGAUUUGAUCACGGGAGAAGAUACAGGACCGAUCGAAGAAGAGCAAGACUAUUCGAGGAGACUGGAGGUUUCUGGACACUGGGACCAGUCGAGAUCUCGCAGACCGCCUCGUGGACCAAGAAGAGAAAGAGGCCGUGGCAAGUACAGAGAGAGAGAAAGACCAAGAGCAGGAAAUCGCGACGACGAGGGCGACCUAUUCCCAGAUUUCCUGAAAAAUAGAGACAGAUCACCAGCCAGAAUGGAAGAGUAA